CGUAAGCGGAAGUUUACAUUCCGGUUUGGAGAAAACGUGCAGCCUGUGACAUCUGUCUGCUAAAAAGCCGGUGGAAGAGUAUCGUCUCCGAGCCUGGCUCCAGCAGCCAAACCCUGAAACGAUGUAUUCCGCUUUAAUUAACGCGGUUCUAAGAAGCUCUCCUGAUUACAACCUUCUGUUUGAAUCUCUGUGUUGGCCGGAGGACUCAUUGCCGCAGACGGAGCUGGUGGAGUCGCUCACGGCUCUUAUAGAAGCUCUCGCACCGUCUCUUACCAUCCCGGAUUUGGCUCAAGUUACAUUGACAGAUGCAAAAAGAAGAUGCAUUCAUGACAAAAUCGACUGGAUCAUCUGGUCGAAAUGUCUUCCUUUCCUCCGCAAAAUCUCAACCGAAUCAGGGGGUGAAGAUCGCUGCAGGCAGAGCACCGCCGCAGUCUGCAAAUUACUUGCUGUCUCUGUUUCUGUCUGCGAUCAAAAAACGUGGACAAAAGUGGUUUCUUCAACCCUGCCUUCCUUACAGUGGAGUCCAGAGGAGGAGCUGUCUGGAGCUCUGAGUGUGAAUGUUGCUGCAGAAGUCCUGGCAGCUCUCAUGCCUCUUCCUACAGCGGAUGAAGAAUUCACACUCAGCAUUUUAAACUGUGCUCUGUCCUCCAUCCCAUCGCUUCCCGAUAAUCUAGUCUCCAAAGUUACCGUCAGGGUGAUUUUAACUCUGCUAAAUUGCUUCAGUGAUGUAAGAUCAAGCUGCUUCGCCACUCGGAUCAUGAACGCUGUUUGCAGCUGGCACUCCUCUGAGCGCUCAGCGGCGGUCACACAGCGGGCCCUGCUGUGUUUCACCGUCCUGUCAGACCACCUUCUAAAAUCACACACAGUAACGUCAGACACUCGGUUCUGGACACUCGUUCAGGACGGACUGACCCACGGGGACAGUGUGUCACGCAAAAGGGCUUUGUACCUGCUGAAAAGAUGCGUGGCGCUUUCUGAGGAGGAGGGAUUUGAUUCCUGCUAUACAUCAGAGGAAGAGGAGGCGUUGUUUAAUUGGGCCCCUGACAAGAGUGGACUGCUAAGAGAGUUCUGGGAGGAUUACACGCUGGUGAUGGAGACGCUGGAGGAGAAUCAGGUUCAUGUUGUCCGCCCAGUUUUAAACAGAAUCGACACUUUAAUUCAAGCAACAGUAAAUGAUAGUGAAGGGUUAGGCCUGUUCCACCCCUCCUGGCUGCUGUGUGUUUACCAACGCAUGUUCCACAGUGAGAAUAAAUCCUUGAUGAGAGAAGGAGUGUGCCAUCUGCUUGAGCUACAGGUUCUAAGGCAGUCAGCAUUUGCUGCGGCAUUUUCUCAGUUUGUCGUCGGUCCCUUUAUGGACGUUCUCUCUGAAACAUCCCUUUUCUGUAGGUCACCCGGGCAGAGUGUAGGAGAUUGUCCGGAGCUGGUGGGUAAACUCCAAGUUUUCCUGGUCAACUUCUUCACGAGCCUGCCAUCAGAGGACAGAGGUUGUGUUUUGCUUCAGCUGAUUCAGCAGCUCGGAUCAAAGCACUGGUGUGCAGUACCACUCCUCUUCAUCUGCCAGGCUUUGUCCAAACUCCCUCAGAGUCCUCUGCUGAGGAGCAGCGGGCUCUCUGCUCUUCGGGAGGUACUUCGCUCCACUAUGAUCACCCAUCAGGUCCUGCUGAGAGGAGCUGCACAGUGUUUUUUACUAAAGAGUGCCCUUUCUCUAAUAGAUGUGAGUGAAGUUACCAGAGAUGAUGUGUUCAGUUUCCUGAUGCAUUUCCGUGCUGAUGAGUCUUUGUGCAGAGGGACAACACUAUGGAAUGAGUUGUGCAUCUGGUUGUUGGAACAUGAUGGAAAUUUCAAGCCCAGAAUUCUGGAUGGUGAUUGCGUCGAUGGCCCAGCACAAAAAGAAACAAUAAGACUCUAUGUUCAACAAGAAGUAAUCGUUUAUCUCCGUGUUCCAGCAAGCACAGGUCAGGCAGAAAGGUUACCUGACAUUAGAGAGGCUGAUAAGUUGGCCAGGGCCAUUCUGCUCUGUGUAGACAUGGAGAGGAGGGAACUGAAGAAAGAUGCCAGGGAAACUCUGAGGUCACUGCUGUCUCCACUCCUGGACACCCUGAGCAGAGUCUACACCAAUAUCUACCUGCCUGUCCAUAAGAGCGACAAGAGUCUGCAGCUUAUGUUAAGACUGUUGCAGCUCAGCACAAGGCCACGUUGUCAGCAGCAAGGAUUGGAAGAGGACGAUUUGAUGUUGGCCAUUGAACAAGCUGUUGUUGAAGUCAUGGAUCCAGUCCAGAAUUUUAUCCUAAGGAGGCUCUGUGGGGAGCUGCAGGAGCUCUUUGACGUUGAACGGGCUGAUCUGUAUCUCUGUGUCCUGAAGCAGCUGGCUGCACUGAGCAGCUCUCUACCUCAUGGCUCUAAGAACAUUCAUCAGUAUGCUUCGCCUAAACUCAUCAUGUAUAGCCUUUCAGUGUUAAAAAAGCCAACCCAGCAGAUCCCCUCUGUUGCAAACCAGGUGUCUGAGGCGGUUAGUAUGGCAUCUUUGGCUGCUGUGUGUGAUCUGCUGCAGCAGGGAGGGCCUAACAUGUCAUCAGAGACUGCCUCUGCCCUAAAGUCCCUCAAUGAUUAUUUCUACACUUUUGACACUUCUACAAAAUCUCAACCAUCUCUUGGAAACAUUAAUAAACGUCUGAUGAAACCACAGCUGUUAGAUAGUACAAGUGACCUUGUGACUCAAGGCCUUCUGCAGCAGGACUGGGGGCGCAUUGCUGCCAGCUUCCUGCGGGACCAGUGGGUUUGUCUAAACUUCCUGAUCAGGUCUGUAGGGAUCCCCAAAGUGUCUGAGACCCUCAGGGCUGCUCUGAGAUGCAGCGUUGAGGCUCUGGCUCUGCUACCCAGUGACCUUGUCCUGCCUGUGUUGAACUUUAUGAACAUGGCGCUGCCACAGCUGGUGGACGAUGAGGAGGAUCUCUGUGUGCAGGCUGUCAAUCUGAGUUGGGAGCUUGUACAGGGGCUUAGCAACAAUGCUCAUGACUUCUGGCCAGCCUUACAAGGCUUCAUUUCUAUAGCCUUCCAACAUGAGCUGCUGAAGCUGAACCAUCAGCAGGCUCCAGCUCUGACCGCAGCGCUGAAAAGGAUUUUUACGGAGGUAGUGGAGCUGUCUCAGUCAAAAAGUGGAGUACUUGGUGUCCUAGUUCAGCACUGUACACAGACAUGGCUGCCCGGUGAGGGAGGCAGCAGUGAGCUGGCUGAUGGGAUUUUUUCUAGCGUCUUUAACCACCUGGACAUAGUCACUGAGGCUUGUCUAUAUGGACCAGUGUUCAGGAGAGAUCAACGACUCAUCCAAGAUGUCCAAAUAUUCGUGGAGCAACUUGGUGAAAAUUGUGCAGCUAAUGUUGCAGUUGCUAGUGAUAACAGGGAUGAUCAGCUACCCCGCACAUGUGUGCUGACCUUCCUCAGCCGCCUGGAUCCCUGUAAUCAGCAGCAUCAGAGGCUCAUAGAGGAGUUAGUGGUGGAGUUACUGAGAAAGGACAGCCUCAUAUCCAAGGCUAAAGUCCGUUACUAUAGCAACUCCCUGCAGCAUCGCAUCAAAAACAGAGCAUGGCAAACACUGCUACUGCUGCUUCCCAAACUCAGAGAGGAAUUUGUUGCGCCUCUGUUGAACAGCGUGUUUGAAGCUGGAUUUUGUAGCAACCAGCCUUCUGUGAAGUACCUGAUUGAAUGGAUGAUGAUUCUCAUCCUUGUCAAGUAUCCUCAUCAUUUGGACAGAUUCUGGACCUGCUUCAGCUUUGACCACGAAAAGACCAAGACCAGCAUUUGCACCUUCCUGUCUGUCCUGGUACACAUAAGUGUCAUUAUUCCACAUGUUGAGGAUAAAGUCGACCAGCUGCGUAAAGCACUGGACAUCAUCCUGCAGUCGUGUUUCAACCACAACUUUAGUGUGCGUUUGUAUGCCUUAGUGGCCCUGAAGAGGGUGUGGAGCCUUGCAGAAAGCGUGACGGAGGCUGAUGCCUUCAGAGGACUGUCGUCUGUGGUGACGGCUUGUCUGAACCAGGCUGAGGCCAUGCAGAACUCUGGAAAUGCCAACAAGAACUGGCUGAGGAUUCAGGGGCACUUCUUCUUCAGUGCUUUUCAUCCCAUCCGGGAUUAUAGUCUGGAAACCAUCUUCUACACGUUUCCUAGUCUGUCAGAGUUGGCUGAUGAUGAGUGGAUCCCACCAUGGAAGUUUGAAAAGCUCUCAUUUGCUUGUGAAAGUCUAUCAACGCCGUUGAGGAAUCCUGCUCCAGAUUUGGGCCGGCUCCAGCCUGGAGAUUGGGUCCAGCAAGACCGAAGCGAGCAGGAUAAAGAGGAGCGCUGGGCUGAAGUGCAGAAGAAGAUCACGCCCUGGAGGUUGGGGGUCCAUGAGCAGGAACCUGAACUAAAGCUGGUUCCAGCACAGAGGGCUGCUCGGCUCGGCAAGCAGCACGGCACCCUGCUGGUGGUGGCCUCACUGAUCGACAAACCCACCAAUCUGGGAGGUCUUUGCAGGACAUGUGAGAUAUUUGGGGCCAGUGGUCUGGUUCUGGACAGUCUCCACCAUCUCAAUGACAAACACUUCCAGUCCCUGAGCGUCUCAUCCGAGCUUUGGCUUCCUUUGUUUGAGGUGAAGCCUGUGGAGCUCACAGAUUUCCUGCAGGUAAAGAAGAGCGAAGGUUACUGUAUCGUCGGCGUGGAGCAGACAGCCAAUAGUCAGAGCCUGCAGGACUUUAAGUUCCCUGAGAAAACGCUGCUUCUUCUGGGCAAUGAGCGGGAAGGUAUUCCUGCCAAUUUGCUCCAGAUGUUAGACGUGUGCGUGGAGAUCCCUCAACAGGGGAUCAUCCGUUCCCUCAACGUGCACGUUAGUGCCGCGCUGUUGAUCUGGGAGUACACACGGCAGCACCUCAUCACUGGAACAAAUGAAGCCGACUGAUGUUGCUCCUAAACAAACUUCCAGAAUCCUGUCUGGGUUCAUUCUCAUCUGAACAAAUUUUAUGCCUUAACAGGAUCCUUUCAUGGGAAUCAGUUAUUUUAACUAAAUGUUGCUCUCAGCCGUCUGGAAAACCAAUGGAGGCCGUUUCUGUGUUGCAGAGCUGCUGCAUAAACAUGUAUUUGUUACUCUGACAUGUUGUUUUUUGACUUUAUUUAAAACUAUAUUCUGUUAUAGAUUUUUGCUACAUCUUCUAUAGUCUAAAUGUUUUUUUAUUCAUCUUUUGAAAUUAAAUUGUACUUUUUGAAAAUAAAGAAAAUGUAUUUUUUA